AGGCGCUGGCGUUGCGAGGCGAAAGCAGAAAGAGAGGGAGAGUUGGGGUGGGGCGCGCAACAGAAGGCGGUCCCGAAAUAGCCCCGUUUGGGGGGAUGAAGUCGAGAUGGAUAAAUGUUAGGCUUCGUACAGGGGCAGGGAAACUGUAAGAAUGUAGUCUGUAGAGAUUCUCAGUCAUCCAGUCAAAUAUUUUUUCUUACAUGUAGUUACCUCCUUUUUCAGGAGGCAACUACAUGUAAGAACGUAAGUGCUGCUAGUUUCGUAUGCCAGGAGAGUUUUGAAGGUCCUCAAGAAAAAUGAGACGUGGUUGUGUUUAUCUAUAAGUACUAUUUAUCUCCCUUAUUAUAAACUGCAAAAAAUGGACAGUGAGGUACAAAGAGAUGGGAGAAUUCUAGAUUUGAUUGAUGACGCAUGGAGAGAAGAUAAGUUACCAUAUGAAGAUGUGACAAUACCUUUGAAUGAACUUCCAGAACCAGAACAAGACAAUAGUGGAGCAACAGAAUCAGUAAAAGAACAAGAAAUGAAAUGGACUGAUCUGGCUUUGCAGUAUCUUCAUGAGAAUAUUCCUACAAUUGGAAAUUAAUCUGUAUAAAUUAACAUAAUAACCAAUAAGUCAGUUUUGGUUUGCAGUCUUUUGCCUUGUUAGUCUUGUUUUGUGACAGCUGAUACUUAAUUGUUUCAAUUAAACAGUUGCUGAAAAGGCACUAAAAGUAUUUUGUAGAUCCUAAGAGAUUUCUUACAUUUCUCCAAGUGCUAAAGAUUUUUCUUGAAGUUUCCAGCAGAGGUCGCAGAAGUACACAGUUUCCUUGAGUAUGAAUUGCUGUUUAAUCAACUUGUAAUAUAUUGCAAAAAUUCUAUAAGUUUGCAGUUCUUGAUUUCAAUAAGUUCUUAUUCGUAGUAAAUGCAUUCUGUCAAAAUGUAGGCAAUUCUGCUAAUAAAAGCUUUUUCACUUCAUA